AUGCACAUCACCUAUUCCCCGCCCACCACCCUGUUAGACUUUGACCAAGAAGUUGAGGUGCGGUCGAGCUUAUCGGAAAGAGAGUCGUUGAUCAACUUUGAUUCACGAAAUUCGCUGCCGAGCAUGAUGAAGCGCAGUGCGGGAUAUCGGUCUGAACACCAUGCAGGGCCCGUUCCGAGCACCUCGGGGUGCGGAUUAUUGGACAACCAACAGUUAUUGCGCUUGGGGGAGAUCCCUGUCAGCUCUUCGUCAUCGCCCGCGCCCUCAUCUGCCCUGCAGCAGCCCCCGGGUUAUGUACCGCCGCACGCUGAGUCCGUGUCCUUCCUAGUCCCAGAUAGCUAUUUAUCAGACCAGCGGGCCUCGCCUGUCAGUGAUGCCAUGGGUUCUCUUUACGCCUGGUCUAGUACUUCCGACGCCGAUGCUUUAAGACCGCGUGCUUCCUCAUCCGAUCGUCCUAUUGCUCCUGCAACCACCUCGCCCUAUAUGCCGUCCUAUUUCCCGUUUAGUCCUUCCCACUCCAUGGACUCACAGCUCCACCAAGUCUCGGGCUACACCCCUCAACAGAUCAAUAAAUGGUGCCUAGACAGUGAUCAUGCUGGCAGUUUCUACACCACCCAACAACCUUCCUACCCAGCGAUCUGCCCCCUGUCUUUUUCGGGGGGCACAGAAGGGUCCCAGGGUGCCUACCCGUCUAUGACCGAGAGUGUCAACGGGCCUGCCUCGGAGAUUCCACUGCAUUCUCAGGGACAUCAUCCCCCCCCGGUCUCCGCCGUCAUGGAACGGGCUUUUCUUUCGCCCUCUAGCGGCACCAUCCCCUUCGAUUCCCCGUCAGUCAUGAGUGCCUCGCCGGGCGCAACUACUCCCGACUUUGAGUCUCCUUCCUCCCGCCAUAGACACACCUCUCCCUCCAACCCAGGAGAUUUGUCCCGUUACGGAAUUCCUACCGCGGAUGGGGCAUGGCGCUGCGCUCACCCCGGUUGCACUUCCCAGGCCCUCUUCCGCCGGGGCUGCGACCUGCGCAAGCAUUACAAUCGCCAUCGCAAGCAUCUGUUCUGUCGUCACGAAGGUUGCCCUCAGAGCCAGCAAGGGGGAUUCUCCAGCAAGAAAGACCGCGCACGGCAUGAGGCGAAGCAUAACCCCGGCAUUAUUUGUGAGUGGGAUGGCUGCGGCCGCGUGUUUAGUCGAGUGGACAACAUGAAAGACCACGUGCGACGGAUUCAUCGUCGCGGUGGCAGUAGCUAA